ACCAAUUGAAUUGAAUUGAAUUGAAUUAUCAAGUAUCAAGUUUCCCCUGAAGUCGAGUCAGGGCACUUUCUACCUAUUUCCCCUGCCCCAGCCAGCCAGCCCCAGCCAGCCAGGCUAGCUGGGCUAGCUAAGCCAGCGAUCUCUCGCUUCCCCCCGCCGCCAAACUCUCGUACAGUAGAGAUCCUGGUCCAAAGCCUCACUUCAUCUCGGAAUCCUCGCCUAUCCAUCUUCUAUCAUUUCUGUUCGCCAUACCGCAGCGUUCCGUCCUACAUCAUUUGAUCAUUGGGACACAAGACAUCACAUUAAUUACGUGCAGCGUACAGAGAUCUGCUGCGGGGGCAAGCCAGGGCCGUGAAUAUUGUACUGUAGCUUUGAGAGGCUCUUGAUUCGGAUGCAAUAAUCCAACAAGCUACGGCCCGCUCUUGAUCAGACACUUCCGAGAGGUAGCCUCUCGAGAUCGAACGAGCGAAAUCAGGGGGCACGGGACGACACAGGUACCGUACCUUUAAGGUCAUCUCCCUUGCAUUAAGGGCGUGGUACAGAUCACGAUGGAGGUACGUCAUGAAGUCGAGUCGUUUCUCCUGUCACUGGAUUCAAACAGUGUCCCUUCCUGCUUUGCAACUUCUCUACUAUUUUUGUGUCAGGUAUCAAGAGUUACGAUCUGUUUAUAGCGUGCGUGCUUUCCCUCUUAGACGAGAGUAAGAUCUGUGGAAUGCGAGAAGACGCAAUGGUACACAACGUCUCUUGGCUUGAGUAGGGCGCAGCUCUUCCUUUGCUGUCCUGGAUAUUGACUCGAUGGGAGAUGUGGUACACGCUCAUGAUUCAAGAUGAAUCGUUCGGAUUGAGCCAACCAUCGAUGGCAGCUGGCAGACAGCACGACCUAAGUCAUAUCUGCGCUCAGCCAUAGUGGCAAUAUUAUCUCUUCUCCUGCUUUAUUUAUUUCUGUCUGUCUGUUAUAUUUGAAAAUCUGCUUCUUUCCUGUCCUGCUCUAUUGGAUACUCGUCUGAUAAGUAUCUCCAAAAUUCUUGGGUGGUGGGCAACGUUCCUGCAUGUUGCUAUCACAUCUCGAGCUGCUGCUUAGUACAUGCCGAAUUCUCGGGAUCGGAUCGAGCCGAGACUUUCAUAAUCGGUAGACUGUCGUGCAAACAGAGUACCUGGAGAUUAGCUUUGUAUCUUGUGGGCGUUAGAGUUGGAGGUGUAGCAUGGUUGUUGUCAUCUGGAGGCAGUUCCUCAUACUCGUCUUCCCCCUUCACAUGUGAAAAUAUCACAUCACAUUUGUACUAUGCAGGCAUCACCACUGUCUCAAUUAUCUACUUUUGUACUUUACUUCUUUCUAUCAUGACGCUUCUUCAUAAUGGGAGGAGGAGAACCAAGAUGGAUCGCAGUUACAAUGGUCCUCCUCGUCAAGGUCCAGUUCGUUAUAUCAGUCCAGCCCAGCUAAAUCUUGAACGUCUUUACGAACAGAACCGCCUCAAUGCCACCAAGAAAGAUGCUGCUACAGCACCAGGUCCAGCACCUGGUCCUGCUGCAAAAGGAAAGCCAAGAUUGCUGUUGAUGGGGCAGAGAAGGAGCGGCAAAUCGUCUAUUUCCAGUGUGGUAUUCCAUAAGAUGCCACCAAACGAAACGUUAUUCCUCGAAUCUACAGCCAGGAUACAAAAAGACUCUAUGCACUCCUUUAUGGAUUUUCAAGUCUGGGAUUUCCCAGGCCAAGUAGAUUUCAUGGACCCGUCCUUCGACCUUGACGCCAUCUUCGGCGAAAUCGGCGCUCUAAUCUGGGUAAUCGACGCCCAAGACGACUACCUCGAAGCCAUCAACCGCCUCAACAGCACAAUCCUCAACCUCCAACCCUCCUACCCCAACGUCAACAUCGAAGUAUUCAUCCACAAAGUGGACGGCCUCUCAGACGACUACAAGCUCGACAUCCAGCGCGACAUCACGCAGCGCAUCCAAGACGAGCUCUCGGACCACGGCGUCGAAAACGCCCCCAUCAACUUCCACCUCACCAGCAUCUACAACCACAGCAUCUUCGAGGCCUUCUCAAAGGUAAUCCAGAAACUCAUUCCGCACCUGCCCACCCUCGAGGCCCUCCUCAACAACCUCUGCCGCGCCUCGGGCUUCGAAAAGGCUUACCUCUUCGACGUCCUCUCCAAGAUCUACAUCGCCACCGACAGCUCCCCCGUCGACAUGCCCUCCUACGAGAUCUGUUCCGACUACAUCGACGUCAUCGUCGACAUAUCCGAGAUCUACGGCUGGAAUCGCCCCGCGAAGUAUACGGAGUAUCUGGAGGGCCCGCCGUGGAAUAAGAAGCUCGAGGAUCAGAUUGCGUGUAAGGAGGCGGAGAGCACCAUUGUGCUGACGGAUGGGAAGAGACCGAUUAUGCUAAGGGAGGUUAAUAAGUAUCUUGCGCUGGUGGCGGUCAUGCGUGAGGGCAGUUAUGGGAAGAUGCCGGUUAUUGUUGAGAAUGUGGGGACGACGGUUGAGGGGUUGUUGAGGGCUUUUGAGAUUACGAGGCAGAGGAAGUAGGGUGAUAGAUUUAGGGACAUGUUUGUGCAUAGGUUUGCAUUGUAUCGAGAUGUUCGGCGAGGAAGGGGGUGGGUAGUGUAUCGUUAGCCGAAGUAGUAUUUAUGGCUCAACACUGAGCUGAGCCAAGAUUACUGCAAGCUUGGAAAGUACAAUGCUACAAAUUAUACAGUCAUGUAACCA